CUCUCCCGGCUCCACGCCCCGCAGCGUUUCACAACCGGCCCGGCCGUGCCAGAUCCGCUUCCACCCCACGGCGGACUGGGGCAUCCUUUGGAGCGGACGGCGCUGCCCCCACACCGCCCACGGCUGCGGGGAGCACGGACGGAGCAUCCCCCGACGGAACGAGCGUCAAGCCCUGAGCAGCCAUGGAGAGGAUUGAGAAGGUCGUGAGGCAGGCGAGAGCCGCCUUCAACUCGGGCCGGAGCCGCUCGCUGGAGUUCAGGAUACAGCAGCUGAAGGCCCUGGAGCGGAUGGUGAAGGAGAAGGAGAAGGAGAUCCUGGCAGCCCUCCAUGCGGAUCUGCACAAGGGUGGGCCCAACGCGUACAGCCAUGAGAUCCUGGGCGUGCUGGCGGAGCUGGCCCUGACCAUGGAGAAGCUGCCGUCCUGGGCAGCCCCUCAGCCUGUGAAGAAGAACCUGAUGACGAUGCGGGACGAGGCCUACAUCAACUUUGAGCCGCUGGGAGUGGUGCUGAUCAUCGGGGCCUGGAACUACCCCUUUGUCCUGGUCAUGCAUCCUCUGAUUGGGGCCAUUGCAGCAGGCAAUGCUGUGGUGGUGAAGCCGUCGGAAGUGAGCGAGAACACGGCUCAGCUGGUGGCUGAUCUCCUCCCCCAGUACCUGGACCAGGAGCUCUACCCCGUGGUCACUGGAGGAGUUCCUGAGACAACAGAGCUGCUCACCCAGAGGUUUGAUCACAUCCUCUACACUGGCAACACUGCAGUGGGCAAAAUUGUGAUGGCAGCAGCUGCCAAGCACCUGACACCCGUCACCCUGGAGCUGGGUGGGAAGAGCCCCUGCUACAUCGACAAGGACUGUGACCUGGCCGUCGCCUGCAGGCGAAUAACAUGGGGGAAGUACAUGAACUGUGGGCAAACCUGCAUCGCCCCAGACUACAUCCUCUGUGACCCAUCCAUCCAGAGCCAGGUGGUGGAGAACAUCAAGGCAACUCUGCUGGUAAGGAGGGAGUCCCUGAUGCUGUGGGAAUUGUCCCCAUUGCAGCGCAGGUCUGAGUUCCUGGAGCUGUGGCUGUUGGCAGGUGUGUUGAGCACUUUGUUUCUGCUGUCACCGACCAUCCUGACGGACGUUUCCCCAGAUUCCAAGGUGAUGGAGGAGGAAAUCUUUGGGCCUGUCCUGCCCAUUGUGACCGUGAAGAGCGUAGAGGAAGCCAUUGAGUUCAUCAACCAUCGGGAGAAGCCCCUUGCCUUGUAUGUCUUCUCCAACAACAAGAAGUUAAUCAAAAGAGUCAUCUCAGAAACCUCCAGUGGGGGUGUGACUGGAAAUGAUGUCAUUAUGCAUUUCUUCCUCUCAACCUUACCCUUUGGUGGUGUUGGUCACAGCGGGAUGGGCGCCUACCACGGCAAGCACAGCUUCGAGACCUUCUCCCACCGCCGCGCCUGCUUGAUCAAGGACCUGAAGAUGGAGGGCACCAACAAAAUGCGGUACCCACCUGUGAGCCAGAAGAAGGUGGAUUGGACCAAGUUCAUCCUCCUGAAGCGGUUUAACAGGGGCCGAAUUGGACUGGCCGUCCUGGCCCUGCUGGGGGUGGUGGCAGCGGUGAUGAUGAAGAACCACCAGUCUGUGCUGAAGAGAAAAGCCCUCUUGGUUGUGCUGGCUGUGCAGAGGCUGGGCUGGCCCAGCGGGUGGUAAGGAGGAGCAGGUUUCAGAGCACUGCUGUGGCUGUCACAGUGAGGUGGUUUACUGAUGAAGAGGAGAAGGCCCCGUGUGCCAGCCAUACUCUGGGUGCUUGCUUUGUGUCUGUUUCCUUAAGCUGGGAAGUCAUUAUUUUCUUUUGUUCUGGGUGAUUUCAGUGAGCUGUCGAGCACACAGAGUAGCCUUAGAGAGGCACUAACAACAAGAAGGCUCAGACUCCUGUUUGCUAAAAAGCCAUGCUGGAACAGAGGGACCAGAGGGGACAAGCUCUCCGAAGGAGGACUGUAGAGCAAGAAAUUCCAGUCCCUAUCUCCACCCCAUGCCAUGCAGAGUGCUGUUUGAGGGGCAUACCAAACCACUUACCUUCCUUCAGUGACCAACAGGAGCUUCAGCUUCAGCAAUCCUUGGGUUGACAGUUUUUGGGAUGGGCUGUCUCCUGUUGUGCUCUGAACACCCUCCCUCUUGGUGACAAGUCUGAGACAGGCCAUGCUGGCUGAUGCAUUUGACCAAGAGUGAUGGUUGUGAAUGAACCCAGUGAGGUUCCCCAUGACAUUUGAAGUGAAAUAUUCAUGGACCUUUGCAAAUUGGAAUCAUCCACAGCUGGUCAGGGAAUGCAGGCUGGUGCCCUUUUGGGGCUCUGGGUUUCACCAUAUGGCUGUAACAAUUAUUUAACUGUUAGAAAAUUACAAAGGUGGUACCUGCACUGCCUGUAUUGUGCUGAUGAGCAUCUUACACUCGUGCAAAAGAACUUUCAGGCCUGUUUAGAGAAGUGGGAAUGACAAAAUACCUUGUGGGUUAGCUCAGCUCUGUGCAGCUGCUCCCUUAUUCCCAGUGGGAUGAGAAAGAGAAUCAGAGGAGUGAAAGUAAGAAAACUUGUAGCUUGAGAGAAAGAUAGUUUAGUAGGUGAAGUGAAAGCUGGGAAUGCAGGCAAAUUAAAACAAAUUGAGGAAUCUGUUCAUUAAUUCCCCUUGUCAGGCAGGUGUUCAGCCAUCCUGGGAAAAGCAGGAUGGUGACUUGGGAAGACAAAUGCCAUCAUUGCCAAUGUCACAAAUCCAAAACAGCACCAUCCUACUAUGAAGAAACUUAGUGACUGUGAUGAAAGUUAACUCCACCCCAGCCAAAGCCAGUACAAAGCCGUUCCUGGUCAGAUUGCUCCAAGGGAAAACAAUUAUUGAAAGAGUGUGUGCUCCUUCAUGUUUGAGCUUCUGGGGCUGCUGUAAUCUUGCAAUGGGGCAUAAUGUGGGACUUGUUCGAGCUUGGGAGGAGGAUGCUGAAAGAACUGAAUGUAAAAGAGCCUUAGAAAUAUUAAUGUCAAAAUAAGGCAAAUUAAAUAAUUAUUACUAAAUGCAAUUAAUAUAGAGUAGAAAGUUAUAUUUACUGUGCAAUAAGUAGGAUUUCUUCGUGGCUGGUGAAAACCCAUGUGCUAAGCCUUUUUGAUGAUAUAUUUUGCAAGUACUAAAUAAACACCGAGAAUUUAAGUAAUAAA